AUGAUUAUACUCUUGUCUGUGGCUGACAAUGAAAGGAAAAUCUCAUUAGUAUCAAAAUCAUAUGCUCUGGUAUUCAAAUCAUUAAAUAUACCGUCUAAGAAUGACAACAAUAAUAAUAACAAUAAUAAUGACGGAAAUAUCCCAUAUUGUUCCAUAGAACUAGUCACGAAAGCAUCCAUAUUAAAUGAUAGAAACUAUAAACGAUUGCUCCGUCAUACGAUCCAUGGGUUUAUUGGAUUAAUUGAAAUUAACAAUUUCAUCUUCAUUGGUUUAAUCACUGGAAGUUCCAAAUUAGCACAACCAAUCCCAAACGAAACUAUUAAUAAAAUACUCUCUGUAGAUUUCGUUUGUCUGAAUGAUUCUACUUGGGAUUUCAUGGAAUUGGGUGCCUUGGAUUAUUAUGAUCAUUCAUUAUCAUCUUCAUCCUCUUCUUCACAGAUUGAUAAAGAUAUUGGUGAUCCACAACAAAGGCAUCCGUGUCAUGAUUUGAAAAAACUGUUGUCAAAUGGUUCCUUUUAUUAUAGUUCUAAUUUCGAUUUAACAACCACGCUGCAAAAUAGAUACCUUAACAAUAAAACCAAAGGAGGCAUUGGUGAUGAAGAUAAAGAUAAUGAUACAAAUUCAAACAUGAAUGAAGCAUUCAUGUGGAAUUCAUUCAUGAUGAAUGAAAUCAUGAAUUAUAAAAAUCAUCUAAACGUAAACCAUAAAAAAAUACUAAACAAUGAAGGAUUCUUAACAUCAGUAAUUCGCGGAUUCGCAAAGACUUUCAUAUCAUACAUUAACCAUUUGAAAAUUGCCCUAACAAUCAUUUCAAAACAAAGUUGGAAAAGAGCCGGUACAAGAUUUAAUUCCCGUGGUAUAGAUGAUGACGGUAACGUAUCCAAUUUCGUAGAAACAGAAUUCAUAAUGUAUUCUUCACAAUAUUGUUAUUCAUUUACUCAAAUAAGAGGAAGUAUCCCAAUCUUUUGGGAACAAGACACUUCACUCAUUAAUAAUUCAAGGAAAAUUCAAAUUACAAGAUCAGUGGAUGCAACUCAACCUAUUUUUGAUAACCAUUUCAUACAAUUGAUCGAAAAAUAUGGUCCCGUACAUAUCAUUAAUUUACUUUCAAAGACUAAAUCAAAUGAAUUGAAAUUAUCUAAAGCUUAUAAACAUCAUUUAAUAAAUUCAAAUGAAUUGCGUUUGGAUGAAAAUGUGUUUUUAACUGAAUUUAAUUUCCAUAAGGAAACUGCACAAGACGGAUUCUCAAGUGUUAAGAGAAUACUGCCCCUAAUUAAUGAAUCCAUCUUGACCAACGGUUAUUUUUCAUACGAUGUCAAAGAAGAUAGAAUUAUUUCAAAACAAGUAGGUGUUUUCAGAAUAAAUUGUUUGGAUUGUCUAGAUAGAACUAACUUAAUUGAACAAACGAUCUCAUUUGCUAAUUUCAAAGUUUUCCUAACGGAUUUCAAACUAAUGAAUAAUAAUAACAAUAUGAGGUUUAUAGAUGAUCAAGAUUUUGCAAUUAAAUUAAACACAUUAUGGGCAGAUAACGGUGAUCAAAUCUCACAAAUAUAUACAGGUACAAACGCAUUAAAAUCUUCAUUUUCGAGAAAGGGGAAAAUGUCAUUAGCUGGUGCAUUAUCAGACGCAACAAAAUCAGUUAGUAGAAUGUACAUUAAUAAUUUCAGUGAUAAAAAGACACAACAAAAUAUAGAUUUGCUUCUUGGAAGAUUACCUGAUCAAUAUCCCGUCCAAUUAUUUAACCCAAUGAAUGAAUUCAUCAAUUCGAAACUAAUUUCCAUGGCUGAUAAUUUCACAUCUUUUUCAUCAGCUAAUAUAUUGAUUGGAACAUUUAACGUCAAUGGGAUGUCUUCAAAUAAAUCUCUUGAUAUUUCAAAUUGGUUAUUCCCCAUUGGUGAUAAAUUUAAACCUGAUAUGGUAGUAUUGGGAUUCCAAGAAGUUAUUGAAUUAACUGCAGGUUCAAUAUUAAAUGCUGAUUAUACGAAAAGCUCAUUUUGGGAAACAACUGUAAAGGAUUGUUUGAAUCAAUACGUUGAUGAUGAAAAUGAAAAAUAUAUUUUGUUGAGAGUGGAACAAAUGUCCUCUUUAUUGAUUUUAUUUUUCGUGAAAUCAGAUAAGAUUAAUCAAAUUAAAAAAGUCGAGGGGUCCACUAAGAAAACCGGGUUCCGUGGUAUGACAGGGAAUAAAGGUGCAGUUGCCAUUAGAUUUGAAUACGGAAAUACGUCAUUCUGUUUCGUUAAUGUUCAUUUAUCUGCUGGUGUUAAUAAUAUUGAAGACCGUAGAAAUGAUUAUUUUUCUAUUAUGAAAAACAUAACUUUUGCAAACUCUAGGAAGAUUUCAAAUCAUUCUUCAAUAUUUUGGUUAGGAGAUUUGAAUUAUAGAAUUACAUUAAGCAAUGAACAAGUUCGAAAGGAAUUGUACACUGAAAAUGAUGGAUACAUUGAAAGAUUAUUAGAAUAUGAUCAACUAACUAAAGAAAUUAAUUCAAAUGUCAUAUUUCAAGGAUUUUCCGAACCAACUGUACAAUUCAGACCAACUUACAAGUAUGAUUUUGGAACUAAUAACUAUGAUUCUUCAGAAAAAGCAAGGACCCCAUCAUGGACAGAUAGAAUCGUUUAUAAGGGAGAUAACUUGUCACCAUUAGCUUAUUCAGCAUCUCAAUUAAUGAUUAGUGAUCAUCGUCCAGUUUAUGCUGCUUAUAGAGCCAAAAUUGAAAUCGUUGAUGAAGUUUCAAAAGCAAAUAUAACAGAAAAAUUAUACCUAGAGUAUCAAAGAGACCAUCCCGAUGAAACAAUUGAUUUUUCUGAUACGGAGGAGGAUUAUGAUAACGAUGAUGAUGAUGGUGAUGACGAUAGAGAUUUAAUUCAUUUUGAACCAGGAAAAUAUAUUAAUCCUGUUGCAGUAGCACCAAAAUUUGAUGGUAAUUUAACACUUCCAGUAGAUAUAGAGAAAACUAUUGCGAAAACUCCACCGCCAUUACUUCCAAAGAGAAAGAUACCUGCUCCACCUAUUUCAAGAGAUUCUUCAUCACUUUCAUUCAGAUCUGUGCCACUAAUUCCUUCAAGGACGCCGUCCAGUAGGGUAAAUUCAAUGAAUCCACCUAUUCCUCCACCACCAAGAGUACAAGUCAAGAAAGAUAUAGACGUUAGUAAAAAUAUAGCUACGGUUGAAAAUUCAAAAAAGGAAUUCAAGGAAGAAAAAGAGGAGAAUAUUAAGCGCUCAAUUGAAGAACAAACAGAUACUUUAAUCGUAUCUAAUAAGAAAUCUAUAGAGCCAUCAAAAUUAUCUUUUGAAUCAGUGUCAAUACAGCGGCCUCCUGUUCCGAGGAAACCAAAAAUUUUCACAUCGAUUACAGAUACACUGUUGGUUGAGAACGAUCGAAAAUCUAGUAAUAGUGUUGGAUCCAAAGAAACCCUACCACCUGCCACCGACGAUUUAAAAACGACAAAUUCUAUUAACAGUAGUUUCAAAGAUACAAUCGAAUUACUUUCUGAGGAUGAUGAUGAUGAUGAUUCCUCUUCUUCCAUUAAGAAAUCAUUUAGCCCAAUUGAAAUGACCAAUGUCACGAGUAUCACGAGUACUAAUAACCAAGAUAAGUUAAAACAGUCAGGAAACUCUAAUAUACAAAAGAAAAAGAAGAAACCUCCUGCGGUCCCAGUAGAGAAAGAAUCAUUAGAAAAUUUACCCAUACAUAAAUGGAAACCUUUAUCCCCCAAACAAAAAUAG